GCUGUUGCCAUUACUCACACAUGUUCAUUAGGCUGUUUUGUUGGAUUUUAUGGUUAAAUGUUUACCUCGGCUGAUUUUCAGGCGUUUUGUGGACAGUUUUUAGAGCGGAGUGUUUAUGUAGUGGGGUCCGUCUCGGUGGAGAUACUUUUGACAGUUCAGCUCGUCCUGCAUGAAGCACACUGCUCUGUCAGUCCUCACCGCGGGAUCGCGGGCUUGUAAAUAGUACGUGCGGCCAGCGGAGGGCUGAAAAUUCAGGCGCCUUUUUGUUUUUGUUUGGUUUUUUGUUUUUGUUUUCCCGAACCAGACGGCUCUCAAAGUUGACUAAAUAGCACAUGGGGGUUGAGAUUAUAAACCAGGGGCUGUGCAGUGCGUGGUCGAAUUCAAAUAUACAAGCCUUAAAUCAAGGCAUCCGACGAUUUCGCUCUUUAUCUCGGUGCAUGUUUUAAAACCCGGAGUUCGCUCGGAAACUGGAGUUUGCGCUCUCGCUCGCUCUCUCUCUACACGUUUUGGUUUUGUUGUCCCUUGCCAGAAGCCGCGUACACCUUAUUUUCCAUCUUGCGUGUGUGCUGCUGUAAAUCACAUCCCAUGAUUUGAUUGUACAGCUGUUGAGCGCGCGUUUGUGUUUUUAAAUAAUGCAUUUUUUUUUUCUGGAGCGCGGAGACCCCUAUAUAUGCGAUCGUCGGUGUUGUUAUUUGGUCAAAAAAAACGCGCGAAGUGUUAUUUUAUUCCGGCAAAAUGUGCCAGUGUUGGGCAGCAGGGGAUGCGAUAGAAAAGUUUGCAUGGUUCUGCGGUAGCUGUCACUCGUAACGGCACGAGCGCAGCAGACCUGCACAAGUUUCUCUGCAGCCUGCUCUCCUCUUUUCUUUUUAAAUGUACGCGUUUAUUUGUGAUUUGUAGCCUGCGUGUUGGGCGUUUCGUUUAAAUAACGUGUUUUAACGUUAUCGUCGGAAAUGCAGCUCAUUAGAAAUGUGUAUUGUAUGCGUGUGGAUAAACAGACAGAGGUUUAAAAGAAAAAGAAAAAAACAGACUAUCUUUAAAGCGCUGCUUGGCACGGAGCGGGUGGCUCGUAAAUCUCUGUCCGCUGUCUGCGUGUUGUGAAUCGGGCUCUAUUCCUGGAGUGAGCGCAUUUAAUGGCGUUCGGUUACAUGGGGUAAAAGUGUUAAAUAAGAUUUACCGCUUAAUAAGAUGGAAACCGAGCGCAAGAACGCGAGACAAAUAAGAGCUCGACAGAGAGCGCGCGCGCUCUGCCAUACGACGCUGAUCUGUGUUCGUGAGAAGUUGACGUUGUUUAUACGGCCAUGGUGAUUUAGGGUCGCCAAAUGCCGGCGAAACGGCCAAAAUAUGACUUGACGCGCGAGUUGCAGGUGUCGUUUUGCGUCGCCGAACGUCAAAACGGUCUCCGGGUGACAUCUCGUGGACGCAGGUCUUUCGAUUUCGGGAUAAAACUAAGCUGUUCAGAACAUGAAAUCAGAGGGGCUAGAAAAGUUCUUCGGGGUCAGCAGAAAACGUUUUCAGAGGAGUUCUGAAACAGCUGGCGCGUUCAGGUGUUGUGGUGGAUUUCUGAGUGGGUUUUUUUUUAUUUGUUUGUCCGGUGGUUAAAACCCCGAGCCCUUCCCCGGUCAUCUGUGCCUUCGCCUCCUCACACAAGAGCAUUACAAGAGUCAUGGGCUGAUUAAGCUGCUUUGGCACCACGACAGCGCGCGGUCGGGGAUAUUGAUGUUAUGUAGGCUCAAAUGGAAACAGAAUCUCUAAUACUGAAUGUUCAACAUGUGAGAAAUGUUCGCCUAACUAUUUAAAGGCGUCCGGCGAAAGUGUAUUUGUGUCAAGGCGCCAAGAUGUGACUGGGAGAACCGUCUGAGAUCUCGAAAAAAUGGCUUGUGCAGCCGACAGCUGCAUCCAAUUCACGCGUCAUGCGAGUGAUGUUCUGCUCAACCUGAACCGACUGCGCAGCAGAGAUAUCCUUACAGAUGUCACGAUUCUGGUCAACAGACAACAGUUUCGAGCACACAAAACAGUCCUCAUGGCAUGCAGUGGGCUCUUCUACUCAAUCUUUACUGAUUCACACAAAUGUAACCUGAACGCCAUCAGUCUGGACCCGAAGGUGGACCCAGAGGGUUUCGCAAUCCUUCUGGAGUUCAUGUACACUUCACGUCUCACACUGAAGGAGAGCCUCAUCAUGGCCAUCAUGAACACAGCUAUCUAUUUACAGAUGGACCAUGUUGUUGACACCUGCCACAGAUUCAUAAAGUCCAGUGACUCUUCUAUCAAACUUCCCAGAGAGGACUUUCUGGUCAGCCCCCUGCUUUUACCUCAAGACGUGCACAGUUACAGACCCCACGAGGUGCUGGAAAACGUUCCUGGACGGGGAGCGACUUUCAGAGACGGGAGACCCUAUGGUGUCUGCAUGUUUAAUGGGGUCAACGGUCCUAACAGCUCGUACCUUUACAGCCAGUUUCCCAUGCAAGGUUUUCCCUUUCCUCUCUGCAAGCUGACAGAUACCAAAAACACUUUCUCAGACUUCUCAAAGGGAGGCAUCAUCCAUCACAAACACUGCUCGCCGGCUGAUGGCAACAACCCCGUGCUGGCCGAUUUCACCCGCAGCGCUACCGGCGGGAGCUCAAAUGCUUGCCAUGCCAGUUCAUACUCCUCGAGAGAGCUGGGAAGGGAUGAGGAAAUGAAGCGGGAGACCUUGGAAGGAGUGGUCCAUUCGAUUGGGAUGAGCUCCAGAAAGCACGGCUUCACAAGCUUGGGCCAGGAGCAGCAGCAGAGGGAGACUGGGAAAGAGCAAAGUUCCCUGGCAGAGGAGCAUUUGAGCCACCAACACUAUUCCAUGGGCAUAUCCUCUAAUGGACGCAAAACCUUGAUGAGCAGUCCUCAGAGCCCCCUCAAAUCAGACUGCCAGCCCAAUUCCCCAACGGAAUCAAGCAGCAGCAAAAAUGCUGCCCUCACACAGUCUUCACAACCUCCAACCUCUCAAGGUACUCAAGACCCUAAAGCUCGUAACUGGAAAAAGUACAAAUUCAUUGUUCUCAAUCAGAGCUCCAAGGAGGAGGAGACCAGUCCUCGUGACCCUGGAAUGCACUCGCCACAGAGGCCGGGCUUGUCUGCUUUUCUUCACCAUGUUGGUUCUGAACAUCCCGACUCGAAGGCGACAACAAAGAUCAGCGAACAAGGCGAGGACUUCACCGUGCCUCAGGCCAGUCGCCUCAACAACAUCAUCAACAGCAGAACUCUAGAGGGAUCACAGAGGAACAGCGACAGCCACUCUUCCCUCUAUAUGAGCCAUUUAAAGUGCUCGUCCUGUGGCUCCCAGUCUCCACAGCACUCUGACGUCUGUCCCAACACGUCCGCCUCUCGUCUGGCCGAGGAGAUGUCUGAGAUGCACUCGGAGUACUCCGAUUCCAGCUGUGAAAAUGGAACAUACUUCUGUAAUGAAUGCGACUCCAAGUUUGCAGAGGAGGAAGCCUUGAAACGCCACACGCUUCAGGUCCACAGCGACAAGCCAUACAAAUGUGACCGUUGCCAAGCAGCAUUCCGCUACAAGGGAAACCUUGCCAGUCACAAAACAGUUCACACCGGAGAGAAACCGUAUAGAUGCAAUAUCUGCGGGGCUCAGUUCAACAGACCAGCUAACCUCAAAACCCACACACGAAUUCACUCAGGAGAAAAGCCAUACAAGUGCGAGACAUGCGGCGCUAGAUUUGUGCAGGUUGCUCACCUUCGGGCUCACGUUCUGAUUCAUACCGGAGAGAAGCCAUAUCCUUGCGAGAUCUGUGGCACUCGUUUCCGUCAUCUGCAGACGCUGAAAAGUCACCUGCGAAUACACACGGGAGAAAAGCCCUAUCAUUGUGAGAAAUGCAACUUGCAUUUUCGCCACAAGAGUCAGCUGCGGUUACACCUGCGGCAGAAGCACGGCGCAAUCACCAACACCAAGAUCCAGUAUCGCAUGUCCUCGACAGACCUACCGACCGACUUAACGAAGGCGUGCUGAGAAGGCACUUAGGGGCAGACCUGACCAUGGCAUUAUAUGACCUGACUUGUACAAUCAUUCAAAAUUUUAGUGCCACACUGUGUUAAUCGGACAAGAAAAAAAAAAACGACACUGGCAGGAAAUGCCAGUCUAAACGGGUUUCCUCUACAUUUGAACAUAGAACCACAAUAUGGUCUCUUGUAGUCACUUUAUUGUUUAUAUUUACAUAUUUACAUAUAUAUAUAUAUAUAUAUAUAAAUAUAUAUUAAUGUUGGAAGUGUUUUUACGUUUUGAGUUACUAAAAAAGCUUUAUUUUGUUCGAAGAAGGAUGGAAUGUAAAACAUUUAAAUCCGGUUUUUGAAAAUACAGUAUUUUCUAACGAGAAAAAAAACUUUUCUGAAGGUAUUGGGGGUUUUGAUUUGAGGUUGGAAUAUUUUAAGUCAAACACAUUUCUCGCAAAGCAAAGAAUUGUGUGUCUAUAGAUUUGUGUGUCUAUAGAUAUAUAUAAAAAUGUACAGGUUACACUAUGUUGGAACGACCUCUGUCUUGCAAGAGGAACUCCUAACUGUGACUAUAGCAUUGAAUAUCUUACUUGGUUUUUGUCGUGUACUUUUGAGAAUAAUGGCUGCUCUCUCAAAUGGAAAACAUGCAUGAGGUGGGUUGCCACUGAUAAACUAUCACUAUGUAGGCAACUGCAUAAAUAUCGUGACAUAAAGUGUAAUUACUUUACAUCAAGAUUGCUCUCUGCUGGCAGAGCCGAUCUGGAAUUACAUGGUAACAUAUGCAUUCAAAAGUAAUAAUGAUUAUAAUAAUAAUAAUAAUUAAAAAAAAAAGGUACUGCUAUGUUAUGACCAAGGAGAUAUUUUGCUUCAGAUGUAUUUGUAUAGAAACGUGACUUUUUAUUUCUUUUGGCAAGUGAAGGUUUACAGUUUUGUCGUUGUUCUAGAAGCUACGUAAAAGGUUAUACUAUUGUCUUUCUUUUCUUUUCUUUUUUUGUCUGUGUAUACACUGUGUACUCAAGGUGCCUUUCUCAACGGUGUCUGAAUUUCUUUUCAUUCAGCCCAGCUCUACUAAGGUACAACUGAAGGGCAACACGUGUCCUUUUUUUCCCUUUUUGAGUGUGUAAACAUGUGAGAAUGUUUUUGUGACAGAAGGACGGCGCGACUGAGUGUGUGUGCAUGUGUGCUUUAUAAAUGCUUUUCACACACUUUAAGAAAAAAAAAAAAAAAUGCAAAUCAUUGCGUGAGCUAUACAUCUUCAGGACUUGUUUUGGGAUCGGGCUUUUUUAAAUAAUAAAAAAAAUGCAUUAAGCUUACUGUAAAAUAUAGAUGUAUGAAUGUAAAAUAAAAGUAUUGGAUUUCUAUGUCUAA